CGUCGCUCUCUCCUUCGCCUUUGCCUGCCCCAGUCGGUGAGGCGAGGAGCGUGGAAUAUCGCGAUGCUCGAUUCAAGCUGCAACAAACUCCCUCACUCGACAGUACCUCCCGCUGCUCCUCUAGCCAUUUCUUGCUGCUGCUACUACCUAAGCUAACAUAGCCUUGAUGCUGCUAGCGCAUGACCUACGCUCACUAUAAAUAAGAAUGCAAUAAGAAUAAGAUUUUUUUUCAACACAAAAGUUCUCUUAAACAAGAUAAAGAAACAUAUCUAUUUCAUAGAUAGAUUUACAAUAUGUUCCCUAUGCUAAGUUGUUAACUGGGUUCACAAAUGGAGAAGAGAGAUGUAAUGGCAAAAACAAUGCUGGAAGCUACAAAGCAAUACCAGGCUGGACAGUUCACCUCGUGCAGACCAUGUUCUUGGGAAGAUAAAUCAAGAACCAAACCAAGAUACGUCAACAAGAGAAUCAACCUGCUUUCUAGGGGACUUGGAUGGCUUGACAAGAGCAAGUCAUGCCCCUAAAGUCAAAAGUUUACCAAAAAUAACUAUCUGGGUUCAUGACUUCUGGUACCAGGCCCUACAUGUCAUUAUCAGAGCCCUUGUUUCUUACUAGCCUAAUUGAUCUAGAAAGAUCAUACAAAGUUGAGUUACAGUGGAGUCACUAUAUAUGAAUUUUUUUAGCAGGGAAUGCAGGAUUCUGCUGAAACAUCUUGAGGCUAAACUCAUCUAGAGUCCAAGAUGAAGUCAUAGCUCCCAACAAGAUCUAGAUUUUUCAUUAAUGCUUGGAUUGCCUGAUCACGACAACAAUGUGUUGAAAUCAACUUAUAUGUUUUAUAGGGAGAUUGAGAUUCAGCUGGUAUUUUCCAUGAAGUUUUGUAGGAAGUGUAUCUUGUACCAUAUUGAGUUUAGCUGUCAGAUAAAGUUUUGUUGACGGCAAUGCAACACCACUUAAUUGGGGAUUGAAGGUGAUGUGGUUCAUCUAAGACCAAGAUUUCUGAUUUUCUGUUUCAAGUUCAAAAUACAUGAUAGCUGCUGGAUUAUGCUGCCAUGCUGGUACUUAGGUCAGCCCUCACCUUUCUAUGUUAAACUGAAUCCAGUGAAGGUGUAAGUGUAAUUUUUUGUAGUUAGGUGUUAAAUAACUUAACAUUCACUAUAUUUUCUUGUGUUAAUGCAAAAUUCUGUUACAUUUUCCUUUUGGUGAAGUAGAAGAAGGUCAAUUUAAAUGUCCUAAAAGAAAAUCAUUGUACAGUAUCUGCCACAAGGCAGGGUUAUGGGAGGUUGGCAACCAAUUUGGGUGCAGUGCUGAGCAUUUAGGUCAUCAUUUGACAUUAACUAAGAUACUUGUAUGUGAUCUAAGCUUGCACUUCACAUUUUUUAGAACUAUACUGCUUGUGCAACCUACCAACUUUCUGCAUAUAUUUUCAUGUCGAAAAGAAGUUCUUCUUUAUAGAAAAUGAUUUCUAGGUUGACACCUCACAUGCAUAUUGUUUCCUCAAUGAUAACAAAAAUGGUGAAAGAACAACAUUCAAGUCCAUAUAUUCAUGAAUACUCUUUGAGUUAGUUUUUCAUGGUUCACUAAUAUAAGCAGAUAGUGCCUACACUUAUCAAUUUGCUAAUGACAGGUUAAACCAAACAUCGUUGUACUGAUCACAUGGGACGACACAUGCUAAAAUCAAUAUAACAGUAACUUGAUGGGACUAACAAUGCCUAACCACUAGAAAUGUUGUAGUUCUGUCACUUCUUUAAACAUUUUUUGUUGUAAUUUUACAUGGUAAUUCAGAACUCUGUUUAUGGCACAUGUUGCUCAGACAUAAUGAUCGAGUCCCUCUUCAUGGUCGGAGAAAUUGGGGGCAAUGACUACAACCUACCUCUCGUCUCCAAAGUGCCGAUUGAAAAGAUUUGCUCAUUCACACCAAGUGUCAUUGUCAAAGUUUCUUCAACAAACACCGUGAAUGUCUACGUCAUUUUAUAUGUUGUUGCUGCUGCUGAGCUGACAUAUUAUAUAGAUAGUAAUGUAACUGAUUGGAGUUUGCAGGAAUUGAUUAGGCUAGGAGCCAAGACUCUGGUAGUUCCUGGGGGUUAACCUCCCAACUGGGUGUGUUCCAAAAUACAUGUUGAAAUUCAAGAGUGAUGACAAAGAAGAUUAUGAGCCG